AUGAUUUUCAAGCUAGGCUUGCUUCAUUGCAAAGGUUAAGCCUAUUAAGCCUAGGCUGGAUUUAAUCCCAGAUGUUUCGCUAGAAGUUUGGGAUUAACAUUUUAGGCUUAGACUUUUUGUUGAUCUGAUAUAAUUCUGGUAAUUUUAAUUGAGUGUAGGUAUUAAGUUACUUCCUGAUAUAUUUGGUAAAUUCUUGUUCAAGCAUAACAAUAAAAGUCCAUCCAGACUGUUAACCUAUGAACAAGCUUUUUUGAAAUGGCUAUCACAAACAAGAUUUUUCGAAAUCGAAUGAUAAGAAAGGUGCGAAAACAUAUGUGUCUUUUUCGUUUUUAUCAUUUAGUCGAAACGGAUAAAAAGAUCAAUGAAAACAAAAAAUAAAAAUCCGUGUUUGUUUCAAAACACAAUAUUUCUCAAACAGUAUUUUUUUCAGAUUCUGUUCCGGAUGGCAAAUUGAAUUCUAUGAAUCAUGUGAAAAUGUCAGAUAAGCAAAUCAAUAAGGUAACCUGAAAAUAAGAACUUGUUUCAAAAUUUCAUAAUUUUAUUUCCAGUUCCAACAACUUCAUUAUGGUUGGUAUAUUCAAGCUGUUUCUUCAUUGCUCGGAUCUGUUGGCAAACAAAUGUAUAUGAAAAUGAAAAAGUUAGUCAAUGUUUUAUUAUUCUAGUAUUACUUCUAACCAUUUUAAUUACUUGAUUUAAUUACUUAUUUCCUCGUUUCAGACCCGAACGUCGCGCCUUUGUUGCCUGUUUGGAUGCGAUCGAAAAAGAACAUGACGUCAAAGCUGGCGCAAAAUGUUUGGUCAAAGCUUUUGAUGGAAAAUUGGUAGGGAUUUUAGAUUAUUGUUAAUUUUUAUGCGUAGGUGUUUGUUUUUUGUAGGAGAAAGAGUACAAAAACGCCCAACUCGAUCCUAAACUGAACUUCAUUGAUAAACAAUUCACUGUACCUAUGACCAAAUUGGAUAUCAAAAAAGUGGCGAGAAAAGCGAAACAGAACAAGAUUGUGAAAUCAAUAGUCAACAAGAAAGCCAACGGUAUUAUCAAGAAGAUGCAUGCGGAUAAGAUCAAAUCUAUCCGAUACCGUAAGAAAAUGCGAAAGAGUCAUGCGGAAGAUCACGGAGUUAGCCAAAAAAUGCUAGAUAAAUUGGAUAAAAUUAAUAGGAGAAUGAGAAUUAAGAGAAGUAUUUUAUCGUUAUAUAGUAAUGUAAGCCAAGCUUCGAAAAAAUAGCGAGAAGAUAAUUGAAUAUUUUUUCAGAAAGAUGCUGCUGAUGAGGCAAAACGUGUAGAUAAAGCAGAUCGUGGAGUUUAUCGCCCAAGAAACGCUGAAACUGCUCCAAGUUUGAUUGAUUCGAAAAAAUCGCCAGUGAAAAUUGUGACUAAUUUGGUCAGACAAAUUGUGAAACAAAAUGAGACGAAAACAAUGGAAGGAUCUUAUGGAAGUUUGAAAAAGGUAUGUUCUAUAGAUUUUUGUUUUCUUGUUUUCUAUUUCAUCUUUUAUUUUUCCAGCUCCAAGAUGUUGUUAUGGAUGCCCGAGCCAAAAGCAAAUUCAAACAUCGAAUGCUUGACGUAAUCCUCGGUGAGAAAAAUCCACUUCGUCGCAGAAAAUCAUACUCGGAUCGAUUGCGCGAUAUCACUCCAGAAGGUUUGAUCGAUGAAAAUGUUUAUGGUUUAGUCGAAUCGGUUUCCAAACAUUCGAAAGAUGUUAACACCAACUUUUUGUCGCCGAGAUUUUUCCCAAUUAUGCCGGAUAAAUAUCAAGUGAAGAAGUAUGUUUUAAAUUUUUUUUUUCAAACACUUUAAAAAUUUUUAUGUUUUUUUAGGAAUUUGCUUUCUCCGAGCAUGUUCCCAUUGUACAAAGAUGAUAGUGAUAAUAGUAUUCUUCCACUUCCAAAUGUACUAGAAAAGGUUGGUUGACCUAUUGAAAAUUGUUUUUCCAAAAAAAUCUGAAAAAUAGUAUAUUAUUUUUGACGUGAGGCACACGUGAUCAUUUCUAAUUUCACAUUUUCAGGCUGGUUUGAACACACGAGAUCGCGAUUCAGUUCUAGAAUUAGUUAUGGAUGUUAGUGGAGUGAAUCACGUUGUUGAUGACGCUUUGAAUAUUGUCAGCGGUCUACGAAAAGAAGGCUUGGAUACUGAUCUCUUUGAUAUGUCCAGCCUCAUUGAUACAACUUAUCAAUCAUUAGCCAAAAGUAUGACAAAGUCUCAAAAUUUGGAUUUUGCUAAUCAGAAGUUCAGUUAUAUGAAUGGAGAGCAAAUGAGGAUGUUGUAUGGAGAAAAAGGUGUAUAUAACACAUCUUUGGCGGAACUUCCAUUUGAUGUAAAUGAAGUUGAAAAUUUGAGUAUGGAUCAGAAAAUCGAAGCGCUUCGUUUGACGAUUAGAAAUAUUGCCAAAGGAAAAGGUGCACAGGGAACCAAAGGACGAAGAGAGAAAAGACAAACAAUAACAAUUCUUGAUGGCCUCUACAGAAUCGUAUUUUUUAUCUCCGACAGUUUUCUCACCUCAAGCUUUCGCACCAGCCAUCAAUCAAUUAUCCGUGUUGGGCCCAUUAGUUAUCUCUCCUCAACUUUUCUGCCCAAGUGUUCUAUCACCUCUUCUUCUCUCACCACCAGUCAUCUCACCACAGGUUGGAAAUCCUCUUAUUUUCUCACCAUAUGUUUUAGGGCCCAAUGUUUUAUCAGCUGCAGUUUUCAAUGCUUACGUGUUUUCUCCUUACGUAUUAUCCCCUAAUGUAAUCAAUCCUUAUGUGAUGUCACCUUUGAUUCUUUCACCAUUUGUUCUUUGCCCUGAUGUUUUAUCACCAACAGUACUUUCUGGUGCAAUUCUCUCACCCUCAGUUCUUUCACCAUCUGUGUUUACUGAUUCAGUAUUAGCUGCUAAUGUAUUGUCCCCAACAUUCUUGUCAUAG